AUGACCACCAACAUCGACGUGGCGAAGGAGAUCUACGGGCGGUUUGGCGCUGGUGACUUCGACGGAAUGGCUGCGCUCGCCACGGACGACACCGAGUGGCACGUCUGCACGGGCGCCCCCUACGGCGGCCAGCUCAACGGGAGGGCGCAGGUGCUGACGUGGGUGCGCGAUAAGCGCCAGAUCGCCAUGACCAGAUUCGAGCCCACCCGCUUCUUCGCCGACGGCGACGAAGUGGUGGUCUUCAUCAGCUGCGAGGGCACCGUUCAGUCCACCGCCAAAUCGAUCGCCAUCGAGAUGNNNNUCAAGAAGAAGAUUGAGGAGUCUCCUUUGAAGCUCAUGGAAGAUUCGUUUGACAAGGAGAACGCGCCCUCCAAGGUGAAGCCCGCGACCGUGGCCAAGCGCACUCUCGGCCGACGCACCAAGCUCGUCAACUGA